AUGCAGCUCUUCGCCAGCCUUCUCGUCGCUCUCUCCGUUUUUCAGGUGGCUAUGGGUGCCUCAGACAAGUUCCCAGCUGCUGUGCUCGUCCAACGCCAGACAAACCCGCUGCCCACUACUCAAGUCGGUGACCCAUGCUUGGACUACUCCGUUACCGCCAACAUGUCGACCAUCAGCGCAAAUUCAUCAUACCGUGCUGCCUUCAUGCAGAAAGCACCUGUCGGAACAAUCAUCACAGCGCGAAUGCUCAAUGCCGCCCAAGCCAAGCUCCCAGCACUCACAGCAGACGUAGCACUCAACCAGCAAUGUGGAAACCUUACCCAGCUCGCAGUUACGGAAGCUGCCAACAACUUCUCGAACAACAUCGUCGCCCAGUUCAGCACCGAGGGUCUGCCCGUUGGUAUCAAAGCCGGCCCUGAGGUUCUAGUCAUCGUCGGCGCUAUUUGUGCACUCUUUUCUAUUGUCUGGGUUUUUGCUGGUUAA